AUGGAGCGAGUCCAUCGGCUCAGUCUGUGGGGGAAGGUAGCUGACUUCACCUUCACCGGUUGCAGCCAGUGGAGGUUAAAGCCUCAGGUGUUCAUCCCCGCCCUGCAGGAGCUCACGGUCUGCUUCAACCUAAAGUUCAAGAGCAUCGAAGACUCCACACCAUGGACCGCCUUUACGUACACUCAUCCUAAGCUUCAGUGUACUGAGCUGGGUUUGGGUGGACAGAGGGAUCGUUUGGUGGUCUGGCUGUUUGGGACGGAGUGGACCACACCUAAGAUCAACCUUCGUCUCUCACAUUGGUACUCGCUGUGCCUGACCUGGUCACACGCUAAAGAGCGACCGGCCCUGUAUGUCGAUGGCAACCUGGUGGAUGUCAUGGCAGAUACGACUCCCUCCAUUCCCAACUCGAGCUGCAAGCUGGCCCCCAAUGGAAGGCUUACUCUGGGUGCAUCACACCGCCUGGUCAACGGGACUAUUAUUCCACAUCCUGCUCCGGUGGGCCUGUUAUCUCUAUUUCGUUUUUGGGGACGAGAACGGAGCAAAAAGGAAGUGACAUCACUGAAUUGUACGGAGGGGGACCUGGUGAAGUGGGAGAGAGACCACUGGGACACUCAUAACUGUUUUCCGCUCCCUGACCCCAGGCUGCAGUGUGAAUGGUCCGUUUAUGAAGUGCGACUGAUGUUUGCCAUCAUUCGUUCCGAUGGGAACGACACCGAGCUCUACACGGCCAGAGACAUUGCACAUAAAUGGCUCAGAAAGAUUCUGCCGGCCAGCAUUUAUUUAAACAGAGUCUCCGUGUUUGAAGUUACCAGGUUUGACUGCCUGGUUCAUAUCAACGUUAUCCCCAGCGUGGAUGUGGCAGAUGUGCAAAAUGAGAUGUGCACAAGCCUCAGUAAACUCUACCAUGACCCCAGUUGUCAGCUUCAGCUGCUGGCUGAUACAGGCAGCAUACACACCACACCUGUUGAAAGUUUCUCCGCAGUCACCAUGACUCCUCCCAUCGUGGGGGAAGUCACAACCACCACAUUUAAAACCUCAACAUCCAUUAGCAUCGCUAGCACCAUCACAAGCGCCUCUACCAGUGCGGCCACUAGCACCACCUUCACAACAAACCCUGCAAAUAUCUCCGAGCUGUUCUUUGAGGUUAAGGUGAAUGUUUCCAUAACGGGAGACUGUGAUCCAGGACAGAUUAUUUCCACCUGGCUCAACUCUAGUCUACCGGAUGACAUGAUGUUGGUGCUUGACCUCCAGCUGCUCCCCAAAGCUCGAAGUAAACUGUGCCUCCGCACCCACUGGAUGGCUCCAGACCUGGAAGACUGUCAACUGGUGGUGGAAACCAUCCCUGAUCUGGACCAUGUCGAAGUCACUGCUGACAAUGCACUGGAUGUGGUGGUGAUGAUCAAGGGUUUACUGAGAGACCACUCCACACUCAACUAUCAGGAGCUCGUCACAGUCCUCAACAAGCUGGAGGACGUUGUCAGCCUCAGUAGGGUCACACCAAUCCUGGGCCAGGCUCUAAUCAACACCAUCUCUGACAUACUGGAAUCUGACAGCAACCUGCUACCUUUUACUAACACUAUCCUAAAUUUAACAGAGGCAGUAGGAGACAUGAUGGUGGGCUACGAGGGCUCCUCAACCCUGGUUGCUCCUGCCAUUGCUAUAUCCGUGGUGGAUGUAGUUCCUGGACAGUUUAGCAGUUUGACAUUCGGAGUGUCAUCUGACCGCGCAGGCACAAAGCCUGAGAUAUUCAUCAACAAGUAUCCCUUCAACGGCACAGUGGCGUUCAUCUCCCUGCCAUCUGCUCUGCAGCAAAGCUUCCCACAGAACAGCUCCAACCAGAGCCAGCCAAGGGUGAAGUUUCAGUUCUUUGGCAUCCCAAUGCUCUUCAAGAGCAGCCAAAAGGGGCAGUACCUCAACACCUUUGUGGUGUCAGCCAGUGUGACCAACGCCAGCUCCCCAAUCAAAGACCUGGAUGAAGAUGUCAAAGUCACGCUCCACCAUCUUAUACCCAAUAUAAUUCAUAAGGACGUGCAGUGUGUGUACUGGAACUUCAAUAAAAACAAUGGACAGGGCGGCUGGGAUGAUUACGGCUGCAGGAAAUACAACGGCAGCUCUGACUACACAACCUGCCUCUGUGAUCAUCUCACGCACUUCGGAGUUCUCCUGGAUGUCUCCAGGACUCAGGUGGACCCGGCUAACGAGCAGAUCCUGACCAUUAUCACCUACGCUGGUUGUGGAGUCUCAUCAGUGUUCUUGGGAAUCACUGUUCUCACUUACACAGCCUUCGAGAAGCUUCGUCGAGACUACCCCUCUCAGAUCCUCAUCAACCUCUCCCUGGCUCUGCUGGGCUUGAACCUGGUGUUUCUGGUCAACUCCACGCUGUCCUCCUUGGGUGUAUAUGGCCUCUGUGUGGCUGUAGCUUCCACGCUGCACUACUUCCUCCUGGCGUCUUUCACCUGGAUGGGAUUAGAGGCCGUGAACAUGUACUUUGCACUCGUCAAAGUCUUCAAUGUCUACGUGCCCUCUUACAUCCUGAAGUUCUGUGCUCUGGGAUGGGGGAUUCCUCUGGUGAUCUGCACCCUAGUGCUCAUCGUGAACAGAGAGGCCUACGGCAGUCACCUCUACACAGAUGUUCAGAAUAGCUUAAAGCCAUUGGACAACUCUGACAACUUCUGUUGGCUUCAGGACGAUGUGACGUUUUACGUGUCCGUCGUUGCUUAUGCUGUGCUGGUCUUUCUCUUCAACAUUGCGGUUUUUGUGGUGGUUCUGAUCCAGAUUCGCCACAUGCGAGCCAAUAGCCCGGCUGGGACCCGCAGCGGACUCAUGCAUGACCUGAAGGGAGUUGCCAGUCUCACCUUGUUACUGGGACUAACAUGGACUGUUGGCUUCUUUACCUGGGGACCAGCCAGAGUGGUUCUGCUGUACCUUUUCUCUGCACUCAACACCCUUCAAGGACUUUUAAUCUUCCUCUUCCACUGUCUGAUGAAGGAAAAUGUCCGGAAACAGUGGAGGAUUCACCUCUGCUUUGGACGUUUCCGACUUGACGAGUAUUCUGAGUGGAGCAACUCUGCAUCAGUUGGAGUCCCAGCCAAACCCAAAUCAAAUCCUCCGAGAGCACUGGUACCAUCGGUCUGCUCAGUGAAGUCCAGCUCCACAGAAAGCACAUCAGCUUCCUCCGACUCCAGCCAGAGAGACUCAUCCUGCAAGAGACCAAACCUGGGCCUUUUCGUGAAUUCCCUGGCUCUCCCUCGUGCCCAGAGGAGCACCCCAGGUCCAGAAGCUCUGCCUUCCCAGAGGGGGAUGGACCUGACACCUGGCUGGAAUAAUCACUUGCUUGGCUAG